AUGGCCCAAAACCAGGUCCUCUUUGCCUUUCUCUUUCUUCUUCUGGCCUUCUCUCUGAAACUCCGGUCCACUCAAGCAAGGGAGUUGAAGCUAACCACGCAAAAGCAAAACCCAUUCCCAAACAAGCUUCAUAAUAUCAAUAAGCUCCUAGAGAAGGAACCAAGGAAAACCAUGGCCGAGGAGAGCAAAAAUUUGCAAGGUGAAACGUCAAGUCAAGCUGUGAAUACUGGCAUGUCUUCCACUUCGCCCCUGCCGCCGCCGUUGUCGCUGCUGACCCCAUCAUUGCCGCCGCCUUCUACGAGUCAUAUGAAUGGCUUCAAGCCCACGACUCCUGGCCAGAGCCCCGGCAUUGGCAACUAG